AUGUCCAUGACCCCGCAGGACAGCGCGAGGAAUACUUUUAUAGCAGGACCAUCUCAACAUGUAUUUCGAGUUCAUACUAAUAUUCCGAAUAAUGCUUCGACCUCCCAGCCGCGCAACUUUGGUCGUCCUGGUAUGGGCGUUCUCCGGCCUCAUACUCAACAAGUAACCUAUACCGGGCCAUAUGCGUCAAACCCAGCAACUCGACCAAACCUCAAUUCCACAACAUCCGCAGAACAGCAGAUUGCCCAGGGUGUCCUAAGUAAUCCCCCAAUAUCUACAAACUCGAACACUCCACAACGGCGCCCCCCCCCUCUAGUCUCAGGAAUACAUAUAUCUAAUAAUGGCACGCCUCAAAACCAACCCAUCAGUACCAGCCGUGCUCUAAGCUCCUCGACAGGCUUGAAUCAAUCUCAGAGACAACAACGGCAAUCACAAAAUAGCUCGCCCGCUCUCCAACAACUUAAUGUUCAGAGACAAUCCAUGAAUUCCUCUCCUGUAAAUGGUAUUGGAUCAAGGCCGUCUGAAGGACCCGAUGAAGAAUCACAAGACCUGUCCAUGAUUGAUCCACAACUUGGCUUGGACCAACAGCUUGAUCCGAACAACGCUAUGAUAAAUCAAGGCACCUCUGAUGUUCCAACUAUCACCCAAGGUGAGAUGCUUUCACCACCACCAGGAGGAAGCUUUCCAACCUUUGAAGCACUUUUUGCGUUCGCUCAGGCGCAUGCUCUUGCCCAUGGCUAUGCAUUUGUUAUUGGCCGAUCAAAACGAGAUAAUCGAGGAUUAAAAAAAGUUUUUUUAAUUUGUGAUCGUGGAGGUACAAAUAAAGAAAAAGUACACGGCGAGCAACGUCAGAGGAAGACCAAAUCCCGUAAGUGUGGCUGCGAGUUUGGCGUUUUUGGACUAGAAAACAAAACAGCUUGGCUCCUGAGGGGCCGAAUAGACGGAGAACAUCUCAUGCACAAUCACCCUCCUAGUGAAAGCCCAACAGAACAUCCUGGGGCUAGGAAGCUAGACCCUAAGGCCAUUGCUGCGGUCAAGGCCUUGGAAGAGAACGGUGUCUCUGUCAAGGAAACCCUUGAAAUCCUUCAUCGAGAAAAUCCUACCGUGCGAUACCUUCCUCGCGACAUCUACAAUGCGAGAGCAGCUAUAAAACGGGAUCCAUCACGCGUCGAGGCAACCGCAAUGGAAGAGCUACCAACAUUUUACAAGAAGCCACCAAUGACAUUUGAGGAGAAAUUAAGGGCGGAGUUGAGGACAGAAGUUGCUAAUGCUCAGGCAGAAGUAGAGAAGACUAAAGAGGCAUGGAGGAAGGAAGUGGAAGAACUGAAAGACCAGCUUAGGAAUAAAGAAAAGAUGAUACAAAAGUUUGAAAUGUUUAUUGAUAUUUGUAACGAACGGGUCAUGGUACAACGGGAACGAUUAGCCGAGGGAGAAGCUGAGGGAAGUGGGGCAGAUCGAGGUUAG